UAGGGGAAGACAAAGAGGCACAAGUGGACCACUGUGGUCAUGGCGCAGACGUUGAGGGCUCCGGCCUCUGAGCAGUGGCCCUUGAAGCGCUAUGGCCGCUUCGUGCCCGCGGGCACUGACCGCUUCGGGGCUGCCUCUGAAGCGCAGUCGGACUCGGAGUCCUCGACCUCUUGGAAGGUAUUUGAUUCUAAUGAUAAAUCUGGUUCUCUUGUUCUCACCAUAGUUGUAUCAGGUCAUUUCUUCAUCUCUCAAGGAUCAACCUUACUGGAAGGAUUUUCACUCAUCGAUAGCAAGAAAUGGCUGAAGAUUGUGAGACGGGUGGAUUGUUUACUGUUUGGAUCAACCAUAAAGGAUAAGAGUCGCAUGUUCCGUGUGCAGUUUGGAGGUGACUCAAAAGAGCAGGCCCUGGAAAAUUGCUGCCGUUGUGUAGAAAAGCUUGAGCAGUACAUCACCAUCCAGGUUCCCGAUGAGCUCAGCCAGGAGCUGCAGCCAGACCCUAGCUCACUGGCAACCAUGCAAAGUCAAGCGAAGGACACAGAUCAGAGUGGGACACUGCACCGGGGAUUACAUCUGAAUUUAAAGCAGCAUUAUGCUUCUUCCUACACCUUUCCAAAUGGAAGGAUAACAAUGAUACAACUAGCACAGUCUAUCCUGACAUCAGCCAAACUCCCUCUUGCCUAUGAGCAAGCUACAUGGAAUGCCGAAGAGUUAGGUCCCUUCCUGAAAUUAUGUCUUAUGGAUCAGAAUUUCCCAGCAUUUGUUGAAGACGUAGAGAAGGAACUGAAGAAAUUGACAGGGUUGGAGAAUUAAUGUUGUAAACAUAAAUAAGUAGCUAUCUUAUUGAAAAAAAAUGUUUUCUGCCAAAGUUAGAAGAAUAAAAAUUGUUGUUUCAACAUCUUUCUUUUAUCAGUGUUUUAUUUUUAAAAACAUGUGGAUCCACUUUGUUUUUUUAAUACAUCAUUGCACUUCAACAAAUACACAGAACACAAGUUCAUGCAUCAACAGCUCUGCACCGAAUGAGAACCAUGUCAGGUUGUAAUUCUACAAUCAACUGUUAAAUCAAGACGGGAAAUUACAGUGUCCAACUAAAAAGUAUAAUUAGUUGCAUAGAAUAUUACCAUGCUAUAACACUUUUAAGAUCAUUGAAAACAAAAAAAAGUAAAUUAUAAAAGUCUGCCUGAAUUAAAUGUACAAAGAAUAUGGUUCAACACAUCAGUGCAAAAGGAUUUAAGAAUUUACAUGAUUUAACAUCAACAAAAUCACUUAAAAAGCAAUUAUACA